UUUUGUUUGUGGGCAGCAUGGUCGAACUCUGUCAGUCAGUAUAAGGAGGGGUUUUUAAAUAAGUCUUUGUGGAAGAAUGAUGCCUUUUAUAAAGGGUGUUUCUGUUAAAAUGAAUAUCCUUAUGUCUCUAUGACGGUAGGUACAGGAUAACGUUUGGCGAGGGAGGAAAAAUGAAGAAAAAAAAACCAUUCAUGCUCCUCGGGUAACCCCUCAAUAUCAACUCUUAGAUUUCAUUUCAAACCCCGCCAGAUUAUUUAAGGAGGUGUAUCUUUCUGCAAAGUGUUUUUGAUUCCGCUUUAGAUUCCACCAGGCACUUAGGAAACGUGGUGGGGAAACGAACAAGAUUAAUGAAAGCGUUUCUUAGUUGAACAUAAAAGGUAAAUAAAUUUUUAAGGUGGGAAGAGAAAAACACCGGAGUUUAUAUGAAAAUUGGACUCUGUGUGUGUGUGUGUGUGUACAUGCGCGCGCUUUUCUAUUUCUCCCUCCCCACCACCACACUAGCCCCCCCCCCCCGGUCCAUCAAGGACAGUUGAUCAUAUGAAGGAGACUUAGAAAAGGUUUUGAGCUGUUGUUAGGUAGAAUCCCGCGAAUACAAAGCCCGGGCAUUUGGUGGUUGGUUGCGUUGGGGUGUGUUUUAAAAGACUAUAAAAUGGCACACUGCAUUUCUGCAUUUUUUCCAGGCUGCAGAAGAGGGGGGCGGGGGAUAGUGCAGACUGUGUAGGGACACUGCCCUUCUAACCAAUCAGAGCACGCCUGUUUGCCAUUACAAAGUUGUUAACCCCAGAGUCUUCUGGCUCCUGCUGCCUUUGCUUUUAAUCUUUGGAUAUUUCUCAGGUUUACUCGAAUCCCCCCCCACCUCGCCAGAUAUGGAGAAAAAACCUUCGGAAGCGACUGCCGACCAUGGGAAGGAGAUUCUAUUUUCAUUUGCAAAGGUUUUUAAAGAUGUUGGAUGAUUAUUUCGCUGCCUGGAACUGGUUGAUUGUAAGGGAGAAACUAUACGACUCUUUCUUUCCAGUCGGGAAAAGGCAGCUGGCUGCUUCCUUUCGAGGAUCUCAGGGAUCUCUAGAUGUCCCCAGACUUCAAGAACUGCUGGCCUUUGACAUGUACUGUUCCCAGGCAGUGGUCUUAUCCAGUCUUGACUAAAAAUGUCAGUUCCAAAACAGACCCAUCUAAUCAAGCAUAUAGUCAAUAACAGCCAACAAAGGUAAUAGAUAUGAAAUUAAUACUUGUCAUGUAUUCAGUUCAUCUCAGCGUUUCGCAUUCAGCGGUAUUGGCUGUCCUUAAAAAUAGCAUUUUUGAAUAGGGACAAACCUUAUUAGCUUUUGUAAAGAAGGGCAUCCAUCGGGGAAUAUGAGCAAACUGAAUGACAAAGGCCUAAUUAUACAAUUAACAUACUUGUGUGAUUUGCAUGAUGACAUCACAACAGGUCAUUUUGACAUCAUUGCAGUUUAUUGAAACUUAUGCUUUCAGUUCAGACACAUUAAUUUUAUUCUUAGUUAUUUUAGUUAAUUGUGCAUUUCAGUGGGAUUAAGCAGGACGACAUACCCACCAAUGUUUCUGGACAACUCUUCAAAAUUGUCAUUUAGGGUUAAUAGGUUAUUAUCAUAAUUUAAUAAUUUGCCUAAAUUAUAAAUAUUGAGUUCUAAGUAAAUAUACAUGACUAUGGAAUUUGAUUAAAAUGUGAAACUAUACUACUUUAUUAAUAUAAUAAUUUAAUUUUUAUGUUUGCGUCUAACUUAUGUUUUAUAUUUCCUUUUUCAUAACUAAUAUUUUAGGGUCAUUUUUCUUUAGUUAAAAUGCAUGUGCUACUGCAGCUGUAACACAAAUUUAUAAUACAGGAAGGAAGGAGUCAAUGUAGCAAGUUUGUAAAAGGGUUAUAAGAUUAUGCCUUUAGGCAGGCAAUAUUCCCAAUAUUUUAUAAAAAGUUUAUACCUCAAUCCACUAUCAGCCAUGAGAAUAUUUGAUAGACUGGCCUGAUUUAUAUAUUAUCUAAUUUGGCUUGUUAGGAUUUGGUUGAGUAUUUUGUCCUAAUCCUAGCUGUUUUAGUUUAGUUAAUAAACUAAAAAAAUAAUAAAGGAUAGCUUAGAAAAUUUGAGCACAGUGUUAAGUCUUUUAAUUAACCUGCAAAUAUUGUCAUUUUUUUUCAAAAGCAGUAUUCAUUUUUAUCUGAAGCAAAAAAAGUCAUGAAUACAUAGUAACUAUAUUAAAUAUAUUUAUCAGGACAAGUUCACAAGACAGGCAAGUUGCAAAUAUGCAGAAUAAAAACUUAUGACUUGCAGUCUAUGGAAAUUCUCAGUCAUCCAGCUCAUGGUUUUCCCAAAGGUGCUUUUCCAGGAGGCAACUGGACUUUCUUGUUUUUUCUUUGAAGAUAUUUCACUUCUCAUCCAGAAAGUUUCUUCAGCUCAGACUAGAUGGGGGACAGUGAAAGGACACAGGACAGAACAUAACCUGCAGCCAAGAAGGCUCCAAACCAGGGUUCUUCAAACUUUUUAAAUGGACUAAUUCAAGGUCCCUCAGACUGUUGUGGGGGGGGGAGUGGACCGACUGGGUGGUGAGACCAAUUUAAGGGGAGGGAUGUGGUUGAGGGGGGGAAUUGCGAACAACUGGGUGUGAUUGCUUUUUGCCUGCUGGAAAUGGGCAUGCUUUUACCACCUCUACUUGCAAGGGGAACAUGCUCCACGGGGAGGCCAAGGACAAGACCUGCGAAGGGAUCAAGGAGAUGAAAACCUGCUCCCCAACUGCAAACCAAGAGACGGGAUGGAGUAGGUAGCAGCUAUCACACACCCUACUCACCUUGUCUUAACCCACAAUAGUAGUCAAAGGCAGAGGCAAGGGAGAGACAAGCGGUCCGACCUGCUGGAUGUGUCAGGCAGCCACCUCCCCUGCCUCAGCCACAUGGAAUGGAGCAAAAGUGUCCAGUGGUCCACAUCACAUGCCUCCCCCAACACUCAGUGCCAGUGCUGCUGCUGCCAUGCCUAUUUCUUGAAGGGCCAUCUGCAGAGUCCCUGCUGCUGGAUACCUGUAUCUUGAUGGAUGCUGUUCCUUUUGUAUCUGAAGGAAAUGGCAGACACCGGCAUCUUGCCCUCCACCCAGACUCUGCAGCUGCUGCGGACCGUGAGGCUGCACUGUCCACAUCACCCCUGUGCCAGCUGCCCACCGACUCACACCCUUCGGAUGUGCACAACAGGCUCAAGCAAGGGCUCUGUGCAUCUGGCAGCAGGAUCAGACCAGGCAUGCCUCACUAGGAGCGGAUCUGGCAAGGAAUCCCUAAGGUGGGGGCUCAUCCGCCGGCCGGCUGACUUCUUCCUGCCUCCCUCACCAGUGGAGACAGCUGUCCUCCUUCAGGGGCAGGUAGCCUCUCCAGCCACUGCCUCAGAACUGCAGAGUGGCAGAAGGACAAACAGCCAAGCAAAGAGGGGGAGGGGAAGAAGGCAGCAGGGGUGGCUGUUGCAGCGGCCGCUUCUUAGUUUGCUGCCAUUUUUCCAGGCCUGCUUCACCAACAGGCUCCCACUGGCUUGCAGGAGCCUCUUUUGGGCCGGGCGCUCCAGGGCCACUGCGGCUGCUUGGAGCACACUGGUUGAUCUCUGUCCAGACUCCAGGAACAGAUGAACAGAGGAAGCCCAAGCUAAAAAACAGAAGUGGAGGAUGCCGGUUUCCCUUCUCAAGGCCUCUGUGCAUCCCAUUUUUGGCCUUCCCAUCCCCCAGAAGCACUCUGCCAGCCAAAACUGUUGGCCUUACCUUUCAGUUCCAGCCCACAGGCUCGCAAAAAUAAGGUCUGCGCUCGGCCAGAGUCGGCAGGGUAGCCUCUUGGUCCGGUGCAGGACGGAUUAAUGGCUUCACCGAGCCAAAGUUUGAGGACCCCUGCUCCAAACCCAUUAGCACUAUUCAGGUGUUCCUGAGAAUACAGAUAAACCACCAGAUGGCCGUAACUUUCUAAAAGAAUACAGAUGACAAGCUGUAAGGAAUAUAAACCCUUCCAUUACCCAUCAUCCAAUUAAAGCUGAAGAAGCUUCUUGGAUGAGAAGCAAAAUGUCUUCAAAGAAAAAAUAAAUCUAGUUGCCUCCUGAAAAAGCACUUUUAGGACAAUUAUGGUUUAUGGGAAAAUAUGGAUUCUAUAGACAUAUGGGUAUAACAAAUGAGACUUUCACAAUCAAUAUUUUGCUACCAUCUUGUACUUAAGUCUUUCUGAAUUCUGAUUUUUACAAUCAGCCAUAUUUAUUUUGAUUGUUCUAUUUUUCUUAACUAACCUGGAUACUCUUAAAAAGGAAGAAUAUAAUACAAAAUACAUGCAACUUACAUACUACAGAAUAAUGUGAACUCUUUAUAUCCAUUGUGUAAUAUUUAUGAAGUAUUUCUUCAAAUAAGCCUCCGAGGAGUUUGAAAUGUAUAAUCCAGCUAUAAAUUUCUUGUCUUCAUCUGUUCUAGAGUAAGACUCAAUCUCAGAAAUAUGGAGUGGCUCUGGAUUUGAAGCCCUGGUGAUUCCAUUAACUUAGCAUAUUUCCUCCAAACUAGGAACAUCAUCUCCAGCGGGCCAUUUCAGCACAGCAAGUAUAUGGAGAGAAACGGGAUAAUAUGGUUAUACCAGUCCCAGAAGCAGAAAGUAAUAUUGCCUAUUAUGAAUCAAUAUACCCUGGAGAAUUUAAAAUGCCAAAGCAGCUUAUUCACAUACAGCCUUUUAGUUUGGAUGCUGAGCAACCGGAUUAUGAUUUGGAUUCAGAAGAUGAGGCCUUUGUGAAUAAGCUGAGGAAAAAAAUAGAUAUUUCUCCAUUGCAAUUUGAAGAAAUGAUAGACCGACUUGAAAAAGGAAGUGGUCAGCAGCCAGUCAGCCUGCAGGAAGCCAAACUACUCUUGAAGGAAGAUGAUGAACUGAUUAGAGAAGUAUACGAAUAUUGGAUUAAAAAGAGAAAAAACUGCCGAGGCCCUUCUCUUAUCUCAGCAGUGAAACAGGAGAAACGUGAUGGGUCCAGCACAAAUGAUCCUUAUGUUGCAUUUAGAAGGCGAACAGAAAAGAUGCAGACUCGAAAAAAUCGAAAGAAUGAUGAAACUUCUUACGAAAAAAUGCUUAAACUGAGGCGGGAUUUGAGUCGUGCAGUAACAAUUCUAGAGAUGAUAAAGAGAAGGGAAAAAAGCAAGAGAGAGUUGCUGCAUUUAACGUUGGAAAUUAUGGAAAAGAGAUAUAAGUUGGGUGAUUAUAAUGGAGAGAUCAUGUCUGAAGUAAUGGUACAUCGACAGCCUAUGAAGCCUACUUAUACUAUUCCUGUUGGAAUAGUUCCUAAUAGCACUCAGUUUAAACACCAGGAAAAUAUAGAAUUGAAGGAAUUUAAAAUAAACAAGCAAGAGAAAGCGGAAGCUAUACGGCCGAAGAGAAAAUAUGAGAAGAAGCCCAAAAUUGUUCCUUCAUCGGCUGCUAUUGCUUCUCAGCAGACAGUUCCUGCUUCACUGCCAAUCUUUAAUGCUAAAGAUAUGAAUCAGUACGACUUUCCCAGCUCUGAUGAAGAUCCUCUUUCUCAAAUCUUUUCUGGCUCUUCUGAAACUGAGGAAGAAAAUGAUCCUGAUGGGCCAUUUGCUUUCCGUAGGAAAACAGGCUGUCAAUAUAACGCUCCUCAUUUAGACCAAACUGGUGACUGGCCUUGGAAUACUCCUAAAGGGGGAACAUUAGGAGAUGAGCGGUAUAGAUAUUGCUUGACCACCCUUACUAGGCCGCAAAAGUGCAUUGGGUUUUCACGUAGACGGGUUGGACGUGGUGGAAGAGUGCUCCUGGACCGAGCAUAUUCAGAGAAUAACAGUGCAUUUUGCCAGCUGGAUUCAGAAACACCUUCCUCACAACUACACUCUUCAGUCAAUCAAAUUGCCAAUACCUCAGAAACAAAUACCUCGGAUAGAUAUUUAUCUAAAGACCUCAGUCAGAUACUAGUCGAUAUCAAAUCACGUAGAUGGCGUCAUUUUAGGCCUCGGACACCAUCCCUACAUGAUGGUGACAAUGGUGAACUUUCAUAUAGGAAAUUGCACAGGAGUGUUAAUCGAGCAGGCACAGCACAACCUGGGAACCAGACAUGCAGUACCUCUAAUCAAAGUAAAGAUAGCAGUGGUGCAGCACAUUUUGCAUUUACAGCCGAACAAUACCAGCAUCAUCAACAACAACUGGCACUAAUGCAGAAGCAACAGCUUGCACAAAUUCAUCAACAGCAAGCAAAUAGUAAUUCUGCGAACGCCUCACAGGGUUUCAAUUCCAAGACAUUGGAUUCUGUCAGUGCUCAGUUUGCUGCUUCAGCCUUGGUUACAUCAGAACAGCUCAUGGGAUUCAAAAUGAAGGAUGAUGUGGUGCUUGGAAUUGGGGUGAAUGGCAUCCUUCAAGCCUCAGGAGUAUAUAAGGGCUUACACUUCAGUAAUACUACGCCUACAGCACUUGUACAUACAAGCUCAUCAACAGCAGGUUCAGCCUUGUUACAGCCUUCAAAUAUAACACAGACUUCAAGUUCCCACAGUGCACUGAGUCACCAAGUAACUGCUGCCAAUUCUGCAACAACUCAGGUUCUGUUUGGGAACAACAUUAGAUUAACUGUACCCUCAUCUGUUGGCACUGCAAACUCUAUUAAUACGCUCAAUGCACGGCACAUACCUAGGACUCUAAGUGCUGUUCCAUCAUCUGCCUUAAAGCUGGCUGCAGCAAACUGUCAGGUGCCCAAGGUGCCAGCCUCAUCCUCUGUGGACACAAUACCAAGGGAAAACCAUGAAACAGAAAAGUCAGCACUGAACAAUAUAGCAGACAAUACAGUAGCAAUGGAGGUGACGUAGUCUCUGUAGUAACGAAACUUCAGUCUUCGGGAACUUGUUUAGGUGCUAUGCAUCAGUAGCAAUUUGAAUGCAAGGGAUGAUGGGGAAUGCAUCAUAUUGCAUUUCCAUGGCAGCUGUGGGGACUUGACAGCAAUGCACAUCUCUCAUGCUUUGGUUUUUCUAUUCUUAUUGUUAAUAGGAAAAAAAAUCAAUACCUGUAAAUUAAGACGACAGCAAUUAUCUGUACAGUACUGCAUAUUUGUAAUACCCUUGUAUAUAUGUUACUUGAAUACAGAACCGUUCAUUUGUGAUGCUUUGCACUUGGGACGGGGCGGGAGGGAGAAUUGCAACAAAGUAAGAGUGUAAGAAGUGAGAUUGUAUAAAGAUGAAGUGUCAUGACAUCAUGUGCAUGGUGCGGAACCUGCUGUUUUAUCUAUUUAUUGUGCUGUGUUUACAGUUUUUGUACACUGUACCUUCAUUGGUUCCUGUGCUGUAGUAAAUGUGUUAGGUAGCUGUGGACUCCUUGGUAUUUUGUAAAUGGUAUUAACAUAACUUGGUUCUCCCUCUGGGUCCUUGAGUUUUUUGUGUAUCAUGUGAAAAAUGGUGACAUACAUGCAGAAUUUUUUUAAAAGGCAUCAGUUUAAAAAUGGGGAAUGUGCUACUCAAUAUGAUCUUCCUGUUUUAAAAUCACAAGGCAAGUAACAAGCUAAAAAUGAAGUCAUGGAUUCUAUUCAACUGACUAGCUCACAAGCAUGUGUGCAGUUUCUGGUACUUAAAGCACUAAAGUUAUGUUGCUGCUCUUCAUAUAACCCCUUCUGUUGUCCCAUUUUCUUAUGCACCAAAAUAGUGGUGUCAAAUCAAGUAUGCAAAUGGAGUCCUUACAACUGGAGUUUUAUGUUGUCUUGCCAUUCUUUUGAUCACAAAUUAUAUUUUUUUAUUGUGUAAUUGUUAUUAAAGACUUCAUUCUUGGUUUUUUUCAAAAAAAAGCUAAAAGGGAAAAGAAUGCAGUAAUUGCUGUAUGUGUCUCAUCAUUCCAAUUUCUGAAAACAGCCAGCUUUCCUUCGCCCACCCCCACCCCUUUUCUUUUAAUAUUCUCCAAAAGGCUGAAAGACCAGAACCACAACUCUCGGGUGCCUUUCUUUGGAAAUAUUUGCGCUCUCUUCUGUGAAGAGAAUGAUUCUUAGGACUCUACUACUAGUGCUUUGUCAGUACCGGUCUGAAUGCCCAUUCUGAUGGCGUACAUUAUCCUUAAGAUUUUUAAUCCCACCUGGAAUUGUGAUAGAACUCUCACAAAAUAAACCCAGGGCAUUACAUGUUGAUAGAGAAAGUGUGUGGUGUGUUAUACUAAUUUCAUUUUAUGAAUUUAUUUAUUCUGAGAGAAUGUGACACAGUUGAGCAUGCUUGUUUUAAAUUAAAAUAUUUUAAAAGUAA